UUCUGGUGGACAUCAAUGGGCGAUGAUUUAAUGUAAAAAUUGAAUUUCUAGAGCAAAAACCUAAAAGAUGAAAAUGUAUACCAACCAUAAACAUGUAAAUUCUCUACUAAUAAUCUUUCAGCUCAGGCAUUCGCAUGUGCGCUUGUGUGCAUUACCUGUUUUUGACUUGACGAGAAUUGCAAAUUGCCAGUGUAGGAAAAAUUGACUAGCCUAAUCGACGGUUCAAGUUGAGUCACCCACAAGUUGAGACCGAUACAGAAGAUAAGGACUAGGUGAAAAAGAAGAUGGCAACAACAUGGGCAACACCAGCAGCAGCAGCCGAGGCACCAAAAAUUGUGUGGAAGCAGAACAAUAGCAGGUUUGAAACAGAGGACAAGGAGGCAUACCUUGAAUACGUGCUCAGAAAUGACGGGAAAGUGAUGGACAUAUUACACACUUAUGUCCCUCGUUCGAAGAGAGGAUUGGGUUUGGCUUCUCAUCUUUGUGUUGCAGCUUUCAAUCAUGCUAAGUCCCACUCCAUGUCUGUCAUUCCCUCCUGCUCUUACGUUUCUGACACCUUUCUUCCACGGAAUGAAUCAUGGAAUUCUGUCGUGUUUUCAGAAGAUAUCAAAUCAAAUAUAUGACCAACUUCAGCUGAAUGAAUGAAGUGCUUUGACUGAAAAAUUAUUACAAGAUUAUUACCACUUUUAACUUCUUAUAUAAUAAAGUUUCUGUGUUAUUUCCAGGUACUUUUUACCUAUCAACACAGGAAUUCUUCUCUA